GAUGGAGUCAUCACAUUUAGUUACUUCAAGCAUCAAGUAACCAUCUAUAUAUUUAUUUAUUUAUUUAUUUAUUUAUUUCGAAGACUUCAUUACAUUAAAAUGGCCGGUGGACGAAAAUCAAAAAAGGAAGGAGGCAAGAAAGCCCAAAAAUCAACAUCCAAUGCUUUCUCUAUGUUUGAUCAAAACAAAAUUCAGGAAUUUAAGGAGGCUUUCUCUAUCAUGGACCAGAACCGAGAUGGCUUUAUCAACAAAAUCGACUUGAAAGAUACAUACGCAGCUUUGGGGAUCCGUGACGUCAGCAUGGACAAACUUGAAGCAAUGGUCCUGGAAGCUCCGUCUGCAAUCAACUUUACCGUCUUCCUCAACAUGAUGGCUGAUAAAUUACAUGGAACCGACUCCGAAGAUGUCAUCGUUCAAGCUUUCAAACUUCUUGAUCCUGAACAGAAAGGAGUCAUCCACAAAGACUACUUAUCGCAACUUCUCAUGACUCAAGUCGACAAAUUCAGCAAAGAAGAGGUCGAGCAAAUGUUCGAAAUCGCACCGAUAGAUGUCGCUGGUAAUCUGGACUACAAAGCACUGUGUUACGUCAUCACCCACGGACAAGAAGAAGAAUAAAGACCAAACAAUUAUUAAAACCAUUUUCUACUUCGUUAACACUAUAAUUACGUCAAAGUUUUUUUUAGAAAAUAAAAUGUUUAAUUUCUAAAUUCAAAUGUUUCUUAAUUAAUUCGAACACGCGGCAGUUUAUUUAAUCAAUACAAUUCAAACGCAAACAUCAUUUCUUGGUCAGUACCAUUUUGUCCGGUUCAAUACAGCCGUACCAUUACCAGAGUUUAAAAACGAUAAGAGCAUGCGGCACAAAUUUUUAUAGCA